UUGAGUAAAUUUGUUAGCAAACAACAACAGGAGAAAAUUAAUAUUUUGCAAAAAUAUCAUUUUAAUGAUUUUUAAAGGCAUAGAUACAGUUUAAACAUGGGAAAUCAAUUGGUGGGAAUAGCACCAUCUCAAAUAUAUCCUGUAGAACAUUAUUUCUCGGGACAGUUUGGUGACAUUGUAUUCGAUUCCAACAUGGGAAGUACCCGUUUCUUUAAAGUGGCCAAAGCAAAGUCAGAAGAGGGUCUAAUAGUGGUAAAAGUCUUUGUAAUACAUGAUCCCACAUUGCCAUUGGAGGAUCAUAAAGCAAGAGUGGAGUCCAUAAAGAAAUCCCUAACAAAUGCAGUAAAUUGUUUGCCCUUUCAAAGAGUGGAGAUCACUGACAAGGCGGCCUAUAUAAUGCGUGAAUAUGUCAAACAUAGCCUAUACGAUCGCGUUUCCACUAGACCCUUCCUUACCGUUUUGGAAAAGAAAUGGAUAACCUUUCAAAUUUUGUGUGCCUUAAAUCAAUGCCACAAACAGAAAAUAUGUCAUGGUGAUAUUAAAUUGGAAAAUAUUUUGAUAACAUCCUGGAAUUGGAUACUUUUGUCGGAUUUUGCUUCAUUUAAGCCAACCUACUUACCCGAAGAUAAUCCUGCUGAUUAUACCUAUUUCUUUGAUACCAGUCGCAGACGUACUUGCUACAUAGCACCCGAAAGAUUUGUUAAGACCCUAUCAUCCGAGGAUAUGGACGACAAUGCUGCAAUUUUUCCCACGGACUCUAUAAUACGUUUGGGUCCCCAUUAUUCAGGCAAUUCAUUACUGUCAGCCAUGGAUAUCUUUUCAGCGGGGUGUGCUCUGUUGGAGUUAUGGACUGAGGGAACUGCUCCUUUUGAGUUGUCCCAAUUGUUGGCCUAUCGCCGAGGUGAAAGAGAAUUGGUGGAAAAACAUUUGCAAGGCAUCGAAAAUGAACGCUUGCGUAAUUUAUUAGCAUCCAUGAUAGACAUAAAUUCCAUAAGUCGCAAAAGUGCUGAAGAUUAUUUAGACCAAGAAAGAGGUCGUCUUUUCCCCGAAUACUUCUAUUCAUUCCUACAAUCAUAUUUGCAAAUGUUUUCCUCUUCACCCAUUAUGUCACCAGAUGAUAAAAUCGUACGUUUGCAUUCCGAUAUUAAUCAUUGCAUAAAGGUUCUAACCUCUGGCCAUUGUUCCGAUUUAACUCCCGAGUCGGAUGAGGCAGAUGAAAAAUAUGACAUAGCCAAAGAGUUGGACGAAAACGAUGGCGAAAAGAAGGAUGAUGAAUCAUGUGCCAAUAUUCCUCCAGAUCAGGAUGGUUUAAUAUUGAUCAUAACCGUGGUUACUUCGUGUAUACGAGGUCUAAAACAUUCGAAUACAAAGAUAUGUUCACUGGAAAUACUGCAAAAGCUAUCAAAGUACACAACAUCGGAGACCAUAUUGGAUCGUAUAUUGCCAUAUAUUAUCCAUUUGGCCCAGAAUUCCUCAGCCAAAGUCCAAGUGCAGGCCAUUGAAACUUUGACAGCUUGUCUUAGCAUGGUUAAAGAUAUACCACGAAGUGAUGCCAACGUUUUUCCCGAAUACAUUCUACAGUCCAUAACACAAUUGGCCAAUUGUGAUCAAAGUGCUGUUAUAGUGAGAGUGGCCUUUGCCAGAAACAUAGCCAAGUUAGCAAAAAUCGCCAUUUACUUUCUGGAGGAAACUCAACGUAACUCACCCAAUGAUAUGCCCACACGUCGAUAUGAGGCCGAGUUAAAUGCCCUACAUGAAAUCAUACGUUUGACAGUGCUGAGUUUAUUAACCGAUCCCAAGGCCGUAGUGAAGCAGACCUUAAUGGAAUCCAAUAUUUGCGACUUGUGUGCAUUCUUUGGCAAAGAGAAAGCUAAUGAUGUUAUUUUAUCUCAUAUCAUGACCUUCCUGAAUGAUGAGGAUAAAAACUUACGAGGCUCUUUCUAUGACAAUAUUGCUGGGGUAGCUGGUUAUGUGGGUUGGCAGGUUUCGGAUAUUUUAGUGCCCUUGCUGCAGCAAGGCUUUACAGAUCGCGAAGAAUUUGUCAUUGCCAAGGCAAUACGUGCCGUCACCAUACUCAUCGAAUUGGGUCACAUAAAAAAGCCCACUGUCACUGAUAUUAUACAGGAAACGGCCUGCUAUCUUUGCCAUCCAAAUUUAUGGAUAAGGCAUGAAAUUUGUGGUAUGAUAGCCACUACAGCUCGUAAUCUUUCGGCUAUAGAUGUGCAAUGCAAAAUAAUGCCUGCCAUACAGAAAUUCCUUAAAACACCCAUAAUUCAAGUGGAGAAACCGGAUAUAUUGUUGGACUGUAUUUUGCCACCCAUACCCAGACAGAUUUAUGACAGUGUCAUACGUUAUGCAGAUGUUCACACGUUUAUUCACGCCCUGGAGGAGAGGGCCAAAAUACGUAGUGCCACUAGGUCGGGGGCAACACCACAAUAUGGUGAUUUGGGAAGUUUGGGAGGGCUUUUCCGCCGCUUAACAUCUGAUGGCUUAACCGAUCAAGUAGAGAAACAAUUGCUGGCCAUGAAAGUUUUCCUGGUGAAAUUGAAAUAUAAAUCUCAGCAAGAUGCCGAUGAACCUUCCAUCUCCGGUAAUGGCCGCAUAAGUUUGAGAAGAAACUUCGUUGUAUGCCAUGAAUUUCCUUUGGGGGAUCGGCAUAGCAAUGCAAAAAUGAAUCUGGAACCCCGGCCAAAUGAUGGUAUUACUCCCACAUCGCCCAUAUCUGAUACUGCGGUUUCGCCAGGCGGCGGGAUGUCUGGCUCGCCAGCUUCUGGGGUAAUAGUUUUGGGUACGCAACCGACAACUGUUAGCGCGGCUACAUCAUUGGGUGAAUAUACCAUGCCCGAAAGGAAUUAUUGGCAAGAACGCUCUUCAGAAUGCCGCAAAGAUUUGGAGAACUUACGCUCCAAAAUGAAAAGCCAAUACAGUGUAUUGGCUCUUUCACAACGCAGUCAUUUGGACAAAUUAAAUUCCCCUUAUCCCCAUGGCUGGCGUUUGGGUGGCACCAUGGUUGCCCAUUUGCAUGAACAUUCCGAAUCAGUCAUAAAGUUGACUUCUCUCAAACCCCAUGGUCCUCUCUUUGCCAGCGGCAGCAUAGAUGGCACAGUUCGUUUAUGGGAUGCCAACAAAUUGAGUGUAAACAAUGGCAUAAAUAAAUCACGUCAAGUGUAUACGGCAAACACUCCAAUAUAUUCCCUGGCGGCUUGUGACAACGGACAGUCUUUGGCUGUGGGAGGCAAAGAUGGUAGUUUAUUGAUAAUGAGAAUCGAUAGAAAUUCUUCCAAGAUGACAUUGCAACAAGCUUUGCAUUUAGAUCAAAAUGAAAAUGAUGGCCCCGUGGUUGACAUGCAUUCCUAUGAGCAAUGCUCACAAAGUGUUAUCAUUUAUGCCACACUCUAUGGUGGCAUUGUGGCUUGGGAUACACGCAUGCAAAACAGUGCUUGGCGCUUGCAAAAUGAAUUGCGUCAUGGCGUGAUUACCACCAUUUGUGCUGAUCCCACGGGUUCAUGGCUGGUUACUGGCACCAGUGGCGGUAAACACAUAUGCUGGGAUUUAAGAUUUCGUUUACCCAUAGCUGAAAUUAAGCAUCCUGCCGAUUCUUGGAUACGCAAAGUGGCUUGUCAUCCCACUGAGCCAUCCUGUUUGAUAUCGGCUUCGCAAUCAAAUAAUGAGGUAUCAGUGUGGAAUAUAGAAACUGGUCACCGUCAUACCGUACUUUGGGCAAGUUCUGCGCCAGUAUUGUCAUAUACUAGUAUGAAUGAUCCUGCCACCACAUGUGGUGUAUUAAGUGGUGUUGUGGAAAACUCACCCUUUAUUAUAACUGGUAGUUCAGAUCAACGUUUGCGUUUUUGGGAUUUGGCUCAACCCAAGAACUCAUCCAUGAUAGUUCCUUCGGCUAAAGAUAAUCUAAAUCUGGUGUCCUUUAACUAUGAUUCUCGCUUGAUAGAAGGCAGCCAAGUCAUAGAGGAACACCUCAUUUCAUUGGGCAAUGUAGCCGAUAUAAAUACUUUGAGAUCUUCGACUGAGGAAAAUCCCAGAUCUGGUCCCGAAAUGCCUUCUGCCAGUCAUCAUGAUGCCGUCACAGACUUACUUAUGUGUAAAACUGACAAAGAUCAAAUAUAUGUGGCUUCGGCUUCACGCGAUGGUGUCAUUAAACUAUGGAAAUAGAUUAUCUUGAGUAUACUUUAUGUUCUAAUCUGAUUAUAUCCUAUGAUUGUAUUUUUUACUGUGAUUAUUUGUUAAGCAUAUUCAUAUGUAUA